AUGAAUCACUACAGAAUUUUGUUACCGCCAAGUUCACUGCGCGAAAUGCAACGAUCAUUCACAAGUUCGACAUUUCUUUUUCCAAGCUAUAAUGUUUGGGAUGAAGACGAAAUAUUGGCAACAGUUAAUGACAAAAAUUACACACUAAAAAAUGUGGAAGAGUUUUUCAACGAUAUUGACUACAGAAUUGGCUGGUAUCAAUACCAGAACACAGCUCAUUUACUCGCCGAUUUUCAGGCACCGAAUGUCGAGUUGCAUUGUAUUUACGGAUAUGGCAUUAAUACACCAGAAUCGUUUCAUUGGUCCAAUAGGUGGUUCCCGGAUUAUCAACCAGAUACCAUUUAUGGUGAUGGUGAUGGGACUGUUAACCGACGUUCACUAGAAGCAUGCAAAAAAUGGAUCGGUAGAAAUGGUGGCAAGAAGAUAUCCCUGUAUGCGAUCAAAGAUGGCGAACAUGUGGAUAUUUUGGCACAGGAGAAAGUGCUUGAUUUGAUUAAAAAGAUUGCAUUUGUGCAGAGCUAAUGGAAGGGAUUCUUCUCAGUAUUUCGACCUUGUUUAGUUAAUGAAAAAU